AUGUCUCUGAAAUCAGGAGAUUUGAUGUUUGCAUCUCCACACCAUCUCUGCAAACAAUUAAUGAUGUUGUCAACAGAAUCGUGGAAAAUAAUGACAGGAAUACUUCUUAACGCGACAGAUGCCGAAGUAGGAAGUCUUGAAAUGAUGUAUUCGCAUUUCAAUGACCUUGAAUUCAAUAUAGAAUCACCUAAAACUUCAGCCAAUCUCUUCGCUGUUGUAGAAGCUGUUGAUUUUCUGUCUCCGUAUUCUGUCAAUGAUUUUGACAUUGUUGAAGAUUCACUCAAUAAAUCAAGCAACUCGUUAUCAUCAAUUGUUCGUCCGUGA